UAUACUCAUCACUAAGAAACGCAGUUUUCUGAAAAAACACUGAAGUGGAAGUUUGUUUAAUUUGUUUUGCCACAUUUCUGUGCGUAUUUAAUAAGUGAACACUCGGUAUAGUGGUCCCUUGUAGCUAUCUGUAGGAGCAGAUCGUUCAGUUCAGUUGAGCCCAAGCGACAAACGUUACAGCAAUGUCGUGGCAAAGUGUCCCUCAAUAUCCUCAAUACCAAGAUCCCAAUCAGCAAUACAACUAUGGUGGCUACCCGCCACAGGGUGGUUAUGGCGGUGGUUAUCCCCAGGGACCGCCACAAGGAGGUUAUCCGCCGCAAGGAGGUUAUCCGCCACAAGGCGGUUAUCCGCCGCAAGGUGGAUAUCCACCUUACGCCCAGGGCGGCGCUCAACCGUAUCCGCCACCUGGAGGAUAUGCGCCUCAGCCUGGCUUUGUUCAACCACCUACUGAUGGCUACGGGUCCUACGAUGAUCCGGAGGGUCAGCCCAAGAACUUUUCAUUUGACGACCAGAGCAUCCGUCGCGGAUUCAUACGCAAAGUUUACAUUAUUCUAAUGGGUCAACUCUUGGUCACCUUUGGAGCUGUAGCACUGUUUUCCUUCCACAAUGGCACUAAGCAAUUUGUACAGAAAAAUAGUUGGCUCUUUUGGGUAGCUCUGGCCGCUUUGAUCGUGACCAUGUUGGCCAUGGCCUGCUGCGAAAGCGUACGCCGCCAGACGCCGACCAAUUUUAUAUUCUUGGGAAUAUUUACAGUGGCGCAAUCAUUCCUCUUGGGUGUAUCAGCCAGUAGAUUCGGUCAGACAGAGGUUUUAAUGGCGGUGGGCAUAACGGCUGCUGUUUGUCUGGCUCUCACAAUAUUUGCCAUGCAAACCAAGGUGGACUUUACCAUGAUGGGCGGCGUAUUACUCGCUUUCAUGGUGGUCUUUAUGAUAUUUGGGUUCGUGGCCAUAUUUUUCAAGGGCAAAAUCAUAACGCUGGUCUAUGCGUCCUGUGGUGCACUGCUCUUCUCGGUAUAUCUGAUAUACGACACUCAGCUGAUGAUGGGCGGAGAUCAUAAGUACUCGAUUAGUCCUGAGGAGUACAUCUUUGCUGCUCUGAAUCUGUACUUGGACAUUGUCAACAUUUUCAUAUACAUUCUAACCAUUAUUGGCGCCUCGCGGGACUAGAACCAUGCGCCCAAUUAACUUGUAUUCGGCAAACUUUGAUUUAAUGUUAACAGGCAAUGUCAAAAACUUAAUUGUAUUGCCCUUACUAAAGUUAUAUUUCUAAUAACCGCGUAAUCUCACCUACAAGUCACAGAAACGAAAGCGUUCGAAUAUUAUUAGUUUGAGCUGUUUGGUUGCGGAAAUAUCAUAUGCUUUGUUAAGUUGCCAAUUUCCUUAUAUAUUGUAUUAAUCUUAAGCUGAAAUGUAUGAGAAAUUCUUAUGUUGUUAUGCAUAGAAAUGCACUGAUGUUUAUGUCGUUUACUUUCAUGAUAUGUAUUUCAAAAUUAUCUAAAGACUCUGCAUACCUGAUAUUGAUUGAUCAUCCAAACCAAAUAAUAUCGCAUAAAAGCAAUAAAUAGUCGUAUAUGUAAUCACA